AUCUCAAUGCACAAGCCACGAAGAUCGACUCACAUUCAUUAUUUCGCGACAGAAAAUACCGACAUUUUAUAGUUCUUCCGCAUGCAGAAUACGGUAACACUUUAUCGCGCGGCAGGAAAUGGUGCGAGAGCCAAUCAAGUUAUCGUUUUUCCAUAAAAGCGAAAAAAUAAUUGACUUCUAUGCUAACUUCUGCCGCGUGGUAAGCAUUAAUCGCGUCUGCGAGAGCCAUUAGAUAUAUAUAAAAUACUACUUUCUUCGAUUAAUAUCAUCGUACUGAUGUUGUCGGCAGAAGAUAUACAUACAAAUUUCAUAUCUAUCUACUCCCAGCUGCCCUCUACUCUCUAAUCAACGCCGUUCUCCGGCAAAAUCAACUAGCUAUUUCCAUUCUUUUGCAUUCUAAUUCAAAAGUCUCAAGUAAAAAUUAAUCCCCGGACCGCCGACGUCCGUGCGACCAAUUUCAUCUUCGUAUAUUUCAACUGUAACCACAAAGCCAUUGAAAUGUCGACCAAAACCACAAUUGAUUCGCCGUUGGCGAACAUAACAUCAGAGAUCGCGGAACGUCGGUGUGACCUGAUCGGUCGUCAGCGGCAGCUCAGAAACAAAGUCGCCACGAUGGAACGCUCCAUCCCGGCUCUGAUGGCAUACAAUAUGUGGAAGGCCGAGCAAGAUUGUCGUGAUGGAUCAUAUGACAAAGUACGAGAGAUCAUGAAUACGUUCGCACCGCAGUCAGACCCUGCCGACAGACUCGUCGCCGAAUUAAAGAGCGUGGUCGACAGCCUCCAACAGGAAACGGCACAGUUGCAUGAUAAAAUCAUAGAUGCGGAUAUUAAACUGGAGGAAACUGGCAUGGAACUGGAGUCCUUGGAGCUGGCUAAUAAAGAAAUGGAAGAGAAAUUAACGGAAUUGCGCAAUGAGAUACAGAAACGCGAUACACCAAGCCUACAUUCCAUUCAUUCCGAAGAUCUGAUAUGCCUGAAAAAAAUCCGUCAAUUCGCUGAAGAAGAAUUAAAAUUGAAAAACUACAUCAGAGAACUUGAAAGUAAAGAACUCAUGUACAGGCGACAAAUGAACAAGUUGCUAUCCUGCAAGAAAUUUCAGCGUGACAGUGGAAACAUGCAGGAAUCGAAGGAAACUGGUAAAAAAAUAUUCGGUUUAUUAGAAGAUUACACACGUAAUAAAUAUGUGACGAAGAAAAAAUUAAAAUUUGAAGAUAAGAAACGAAAGACUUGUUGCUCGUGUGCAACGUCAGUAACGUUAACUGCUUACGGGAAGACAUCAAAGAGAUCAUUUGAAACCUGUGAAAAAUUAUGUCCACCAGUUUCAUGUUGUAUUCCUUUGGACCAUCCUGCAUCACGUACAACUGCGAGUAAAUCGCGAGAUUGUAUUUGUUGCAAAUCUUGCCGAAGAGUUUCUUCAGCCAAAUCUAAAUCUCCAUUACCGCAAUCAUCCAAACAAUUGACGAAAUCUUCAGUGCCGUGUGAUCCUAAUAAAACAUGCGAUGAGUGUACAACUCCUUCCGCAUGCAAGCAAAUUAAUAUUUGCAAAUAUGAUUGCGAAGAGGAACACAAGCAUCAUUUAUGUGACUGCAAUGUUAGAUCUUUGGAUGAUGCUUAUCAAUCAACAUCUUCGGAAAUGCUGCAUUCGGAAUCGGAAAUAGACAGCGAUGAAUUCUGCGAGUGCUGCUCCUGUGGUUGCGAAGAUGAUUUAUUAUAGCAAUAUAAUUAAUAUUCGAAUAUUUAUGAAAUCAAUCAAAUUAACCAGUUUUAAUG